AUGAACAGUCAAAAAAAAGAAUAAUAGUAAAUAUCCAAAAUUUAAAGCAAUAAAUACGCAACCUAAAAAUAGAGCUAAAUUUAUGAAAAGAAAAAAAAUUCUGGAAAUUAAGCUAUGUCGUUGUAAUCCAAAUAAUGUUACAAACAAUAACAAUAAUAACUAGAAGAUUAAGCUUUAAUAUAGUAUUAUAUUUUUGAAGACUAUUAAAAUUUGAUAAACCUCAUCUAUUCAUUAUAAACUGUAAAUGAAUUUUUCAAAGAUGAUCCAGAUAAUGAAAUGGUUAUUUUAUGUAGAAAUAAAGUGAUUAAUUAACUAAAUCUUUCAAAUGCAAUUCAUCAUGACAUUUAAGAAACUUACAAAGACUAAAAUUAUAGAUAUUUUAUAAAGUAAGAAAAAUAAAAAGUAAAAGAGCUAGUUUCUCAUUUACCUCCUGAUAUUUAAAAUUCAAUAUACCUGCAAAUGUAUGGCAAGAAUAGCUUAACUGAAAACAUUUAAAGCACACAUUAAGAGCUUGAAAAAAUGAAUUCUAGUUUUAAUAACAAAGUUGUAUCUCAAAUAUUUUCUUCAAUGCACAUAGUUGAUUAAAAAGUUAGCCAAAUAUAAUCAUAGAAGCAUUACAUAGUUCCUUCAUCUAAUGAUGUCUUAGAGAAAGCAAAGUAUUAAUAAUGUAUUAUUUUAGGCAAUAUCAAAAUUUAACCUAAAUUAAACUAGAUGCUUCCUAUAACUAACAAUUACAAUCAUCUUCUCCUAGAACAGUUACUUAGAAGUAAUCAUAAGCCCAAAAUUCACUAGGAAGAAGUAAAUCAUGCAAAAAUAACCCUACUAAACUCUAAUAGGAAAUUCAAAACUUACCUAGGGAAAAGUAAUAAUAAUCUAACUAACAGGCCUUUAAAGGAAAUUUAAAAAAUCAUAUAAAUGGUCUUAUAAAUUUGGCAAAUUGUUGA